GAGGGGGAGGGGAUUCUGGGAAGUGUAGCUCUACUAGACAAGCAAUCAUCGGGCUUCAGAAGGAAAGCUAACUUCCUAGACUUUACCCAGUUCGUGGGCAGACCGGGCUUCCAGCUGCCUGCUGAUUUCGGAGAAGUAAGAGGACAGUGACUACAGUGCCCUUCUUCUCUUACCUUAAGGACCUGCUGAUGUCUCUGUCGUCUCUGUUCCUGGGAGCAGCUUCCUGGAAAGUACCUCAGGCAUGCUGCAAGCAGCUCUCCACCUAUGUCACCAAGAUGCGGUACCUUUUUGAACUUAAGGAAGAUGAUGAGAUAUGUCGAAAAGCCCAGAGCUCAGGAAGGUUUUACCUGUUUCAUAGCCUGGCUCCUUUGCUCCAGAAGUCUGGCAACAGAUACCAGGUCCUUCCAUUUAGGGCUUCAGAGUUGGAAAGGAUCCUGGCCAAGUUUGGACAAGAUGCCCAGAAGAUAGAACAUUCAGUCCUGAUUGGCUGUUCGGACCAGCAUGAAGCAUGGUUUGCCCUGGAUCUCGCUCUGGGAAACUCCCAUUCCUCAGGAUCCUUGCAGAAAUCAGAAAUGGAAUCUGAGCUCCAAGGGGCCUUUAUUGAUCUAAGGAAGGCUCUAUUCCAGCUGAAUGAGAAAGAUGCUUCCUUGAUCUCCACGGCCCAGGCCCUCCUCCGUUGGCACGAUUGCCAUCAGUUCUGUGGCAAAAGUGGGCAACCCACCCAGAAGAAUGUGGCCGGCAGCAAACGUGUGUGCGCCUCUAGUAAAAUGAUCUAUUACCCCCAGAUGUCUCCCGUGGUCAUCACUCUGGUGUCUGACGGGACCCGAUGCCUGCUUGCGCGGCAGAGCUCCUUCCCUAAGGGGAUGUACAGCGCCCUGUCAGGAUUCUGUGAUGUGGGUGAGACGGUGGAGGAGUCCGUCCGGAGGGAAGUGGCCGAAGAGGUGGGGCUGGAGUUGGACAGCCUGCAGUACUCCGCCUCCCAGCACUGGUCUUUCCCUAACAGCUCCCUCAUGAUCGCCUGUCACGCUGCCGUGAGGCCAGGGCAGACCGAGAUCCAGGUGAACUUACAAGAGCUAGAGACAGCAGAAUGGUUCAGUCUAGAAGAGGUGGCCGCAGCUCUGAAGAAGAAAGGACCGCCUGCCAGUCAGCAAGAUGGUGCCAUCCCCUUCUGGUUGCCCCCCAAGAUGGCCAUCGCCCAUCACUUGAUUCAGGAGUGGGUUCAAAAGCAGAGCUCCUCUUCAAAUCUUGCUUGAUCCAGAUUCUCUUUUCCUCAUCCUUGGGGAACAUAUCAAAGAGAUGAGAUUGAUGGAGGUGACAUGGCAGUGGCAAAAGAUAAAUUCCAACCCAGCCUUAUAACAUAAUGGUAUAAUGGAACACAUGUUGCCCUUGGAGUCAGAAGAAACCUUCAAAGGAAUCCCACCUCUGCCACUUGUUGACCAUGGGCAAGCCAUUUAUUACUUCACUGAACCCCAGUUUUCUCAUCUGUAGAAUGGGGAUAAUAAUAUCAAUAAACCUACCUCGCAGGGUUGUUGUGAGGUUCAAAAGAAAUGUUUUGAACACCUGUCAGCUGCCAUUUAUAUAUAACACUUUUAUUAUCAUUAGGCCAGGCUCUUCAAGGAAACGGUGAUAUGACAGGAGGCAAUCUUCCUGUAAGACCCCUCAGUUAAGGGAAGGGUGAAAGGCUACAUGACUUUAGCGAAUAGAAUGUUGGAUUUGGAGUCUAGUAAUAGUCUGUCAAACUUACCAGCUUUGUGACUUUGGGCAAAUUACUUAGCUCCUCAAAGCUUCUAUUCCCUUAUCUGGAAAGUGGGUGCAUUAAUAACUGGGUCUCCUACCUCCUAGGGAUAUCGUAAAGAAGGAAUUUUGCAAGUCUAUAAAUUUGAGCAUUUGUGCCAACACCUAGGAAAUUGGUGUUUACUAAAUGGUGAAUGAAUGAUUAAAUAAAAGGAAAUAAACAUUCUCCAGUGCUUGAUAUGCCUGACUAAAAAAUGAUGCAAGGUUGCGGAGAGGAACUGUUUAAAUAUCACCAUGUGAGUUGUUAUACUUUGCAUGCCCUUUGACCCAUUGACACCACUCCAAAGUCUGUACCCCAAAGAGAUCAAAGGAAGAGGAAGAGCACCCACACAUGCAAAAUCUCAUCAUUUUUUUGUGGUGGCAAAGAAUUGGAGGGGAAUGCCCAUCAGUUGAGGAAUGGCUGAACCACUUAUGGUAAAAGGAGGUGAUGGAACACUGUUGUGCCAGAAGAAAUGAUGAAGGGGUUGGAUUCAGGGAAACCUGGAAAGACUUGCAUGAACUGAUGCAGAGGGAAGAGAAUGAUUUAUAGAAGACCUGCAACCUUGUAAAGACAAACAACUUUGAGAGAUUAAGGAACUCCAAUCAGUGUAAUCACCAGUCACAAUGCCAAGGGACUAAUGAGGAAACACCCUACCCACCUCCUGAUGGAGAGCUGAAGGGCGCGGAGUACAGAACAAGACGUUGUUUUUUGGACAUGAUCAAUGUAAGGUUUUAUUUUGCUUGAUUCUAUGUUUGUAAAAGGGUUUGGGAUUUUUUUGCUUUCUCAAGGGGGAAUGGGGGUAGGGGGAGAAUGUGGAUCUCUAUGAAAAUAAAAUAAAAA